AUGAGUUUCACGAAAUUAGCCAUCUUUGUUGUCUUCGUUAGUUGGACGGCAGUUGACGCACAGGUGAGAAUUGGCGAAUCAAGUCAUUUGUCUUGAAAUCUACUUUGGCAAAGUUACAGAAAUCGAUCCGAAAAAGCCGUGAAGUGAUCCGAAUGUCGCAAAACGUGCUCACCCAGGCGCGAUUCGUCCCCCUCCGACGGAGUCCUCCGAUGCUGCGGAACCCGAUCCUCAGCCGAAAUCUGCCACGGGCGCCUUUCACCGCUGACCCGCCCGUGAUGGUCAUCCACAACACGGUUGAAGGUCUCUUAGGGCCAGGCUUGUGCGUCAGGCCGGGGCCAGGCCGGCCCGGGCUUUGGGCUCACAAUUUAAAAAAAAAAAGCCCUCGUGGGCUCGGGCCAGGCCGGGCUUCGAAAGAAAUCUUAAAUUUCAUUUUGAUAAAAUUUCACGGAAAAAUUAUUUUUACUUGUUGAAUCAUAGUUUUUAAUAACUCUAUGAGAAAAUUAAGCAAAAAUACCACUUUUCUCGUUAAAAAAAAGCGAAAAAUUCGACUUGAAGAGAAUUGGAGUUUUUUGGGCCGGGCCGGCCAUUUUUGCAUAGGGCCUUCCUAGGACCGGGCUUGGGAAGUGGCCGGGAGGCCGAGGUUGACGGGCCUGCCCUCGCACAAGCCUGUUUAGGGCCUAGAAGGCUUCAAAAAAAAAAAUAGCCGCAUUAAAGUAUCUCAUGAACGUCUCAUACUUCGAAAUCUUUUCCUGGAAGUUUUCAUUUUUUUUUAUUGUACUGUGAAAUUUUUCAGUGAGCACUUCAGGUUUUUGACGUUUUAGUGGCCACGUUAGUAGUCGAAAUAGUGGUAUACUUAAGCAGCAAAAAAUCAGCGGCCUCUGUAGAAGUCUAACUUACUACUAGAUCACUGAAAACUGCUGUAGUGGCCACUAAGAUAUUUGGCUUCUAUAAAGGCGGUUUUAGUGGUCACUAUAGUAUCCUCUCCAGGUAUUCCUUGAGGAACCCCUUGAGGGACACUAUAGGUUUUCCCAGUCGUUGAUUCAGAGCUUUUUUAUCCCGGGAAUCAGCUUGAGAAAUAACAGAAAUACCUGCCACAAGUGGCGAUUUUCCCUUGUUGGCUUACUUUGACGGAAACAAUGACUUUUUUUUGUGGGGAUUCUAGACCCCUACGUGAAGUUGGAAGGUUAAUGGAACAUUUUAAAGUUCGAUCGAUUUUAUAUACGAAUCCUCGUGACUAAAUUUUGAGUUGUACCUAAAUUUUCCUUUUUUUAAUUUUUCUUUUUUCUGUAUCCUGAGCGAUAGCUACCCCAUUUCAGAUCCGCCAACGGUGAUUUGUUCAAACGGAGAAAUCGGACUCCAACUUUCUCAUGGCGUCAGCGGCAGGAUGUUCGUCAGCCGGAUGCACCACGACAUAAACUGUGUCCAGUACUUGAAAAUUGGUAAAAAAUUAAAUUUUCGAAUGCCUUUUCCUUAUAAAGAUCCCUAACGAGUUCUCAGCUUUCUCGAAAAUUGUCAGCUUAUAAGCAUUUUUCUGAAUAUAUGUGGAAAAGUGAUAAAACGUUCCAAAUUUUAAGAGCUCGACGCCACGAUUCACGACACCAUUGGAUGGUCCAUGCCGCGUUUUUCGACUCGAUCGAGUUUUUUUCUUACAAAAUAUCGAAUAAUUCUCUUUGAAUCCAGGGAACUACAGUUGACUACACGGUCCGUAUCGUUGUGAGCCACGAGGAGAAUUCUGUGACGGAAUUCGACAAGAUUUAUGACGUCACUUGCUCAUUUUCCGUUGCCAAUGUCACCGUCAGCGCCUUCUUGGAUACAAAGUUUACACUUGAAAUUUUUUAAAUUUUUUUGUUUAUUUUAGUCAUUGGCGCAAUGUUACUUCAAAAAAGGAGCUUUUUGAAGUAAUAAUGCGAUAAAAAUAGGCUUUGUUAGAUUUUCUGUAAUUUUGCCACUUUAGUAGUCAAAGUAGUGGCCUCUUUAGGAGUCAUAUUGACUAUUAGACCACUAGAUACGGAAAAAUGAUUCGAUUUUGUUGGUUUUUUUUGAUUCCGUUCGAUCGACUUGCCUUUACUUGUCAAAAAUUUUAGUGGCCACUUCAGAGUUUUUUUUUAAUUUUUAGUGACCACUGUAGUAGUUGAAUCAGUGGCCUUUCACAGGUAACUGAAAUUAAGUGACCUCUUUAGGAGUCUAAGUGACUACCAGACCACUAAAAACUACUGUAGUGGCCACUAAGACGCAAGAGUGGCUUUUAUAAAGGUGGUUUAAGUGGCCACUUUAGUGUCCUCUCCAAGUAGCCCUUGAGGAAUCUCUUAAGCAACCACUAGGGGGUUUUUUUUUUGAGACUUACAGCUUUUAAAAAUAACCAGAGCGAGUCUCAAAUCUUACAAGAAGUUUGAACGGAAGCCACAGAAAGUACUUUUACAUUCCAGCGAUUUUGAGCCGGAAAAAGUUCAAACGUCCCUGAAACUACCCAAAUGCCGAUAUUCGCUCCAUCGGAAUACUGUAGAUGGUCCCAAGACGCUCUCUUCAAAAGUCGGUGAUGUGGUGAGAAUAUUACAAUCGCGAUUGGCUAUUAAUUUCGUUUGAAUUCAGAUCUUCCACCGCUGGAAAUGCAGCACUUCGGAGUACAUGUUCAAAGUCUACGGCUGCACGGUACACGACGGAACGAAUAAUACGAUCCUCCUCGUGGAUGAGAAUGGGUGGAUAUUGAUUGAUUUUCAGUGGGAAAAUGAUAAUUUUAAGGAUCUUUCGAAAAAAAGUUUUCCAUCCUUUUCAUAAUAGUUUGUCAGGAAGUUGCUUUUUAACGAAUAUAAAUAAUAUUUUUCGUAAAUUUAUUGUAUUACUCAGUUUUUCCACUUCCACGAAAGACAUUGAAAAGACUUUCAAGGCUCUUAUCAGUACAGAAAAAAACAAUUUUUUUUCACCAUUCAAUUUAUUUAGUUAAAAGUUCAUAAAACUGGUCAAAAUAAUCAGAAUCGGGUAAAAUAAAUAUUCUAGGCUUCUGGGAAUGCAAAUUUUCAUAUAAAACAAUGAUAGUUUCUCAAAAAAAACUUUCUGGUCUAAAAAAAGUCGAUUUUUUUUUUCAUCUCGUUCAAACUGUUCAGUUCAAAGUUUUAAAAUCCUUAAUUUGGGUCAAAACAACAAAAUCGGGUACAAUUAGCUUUUUUUGGCUCCUGGAAGUGCCCAUUUUCAUAUAAAACAAUGAUAGUUUCUCAAAAAACCUUGUCAAUUCCUUAAAAAAAAAGGAUUUUCUGUCAUUUCAGUCAAUUUAUUCAGUACGAACUUCAAAAGUUCAAAUCGGGUCGAGAGUACAUGAUUACGUGAAAAUUUGUACUGGAAAACAAUUUUUUGCGCCUUUUUUGAAUAAAAAUAGGAAAAUUCUUCAAUGUCCCCUUUUCAAUAAAGCGUCCAUACGAAAGGCUUCCAGUUGUUCGAUGGACGAAGAAAUCAUUCCACAUCCCGAGUAUGACGAGGCCAACAACGUUGUCUUUGCACCUGCGCGAACAUUUAGGUUUCCUUCCGAGGGUUCCCGGGAAAAUUCGAUUAUUUUUCGAGCAAAUUGCAGGUUCUCCAACUCGCGCCGUGUUCACUUCAAAUGUCUGCUCGCCGUCUGUAAUAAGCAUGACUCGACUUGCUCCGAGCAGAUUGUAAGAUUAUGGAUUCAAUAAGGACUGCUUAGGCAGGGAAAAGUAGAGUCUAGUCACCAUCGCCUUGCUCAGGCCAAUCCUGGGAAGAAGCUCGGAAAAAUGCUGGGAAGGUAACCAGCAGGAGGUUGGAAGGUUAUUGGAAGCUAGAAGGUCUUGAGAAGGCCUUAUGAAGGGGUUCAGAUGGUCGUUGGAAGGUCUUUGGUUAAAUAUUGAAAAUGCCUGCCAAAAGCCUUCCAGCUUCUGAGAGGUAUGUAGAAGGCCUUUGACCACUUGCUCGAAAGCUACCAAACGCCUUCUUUCUUCCAGAAGGCCUUCCAGAAGAUUCUAGAAGGCCAAAGCGAAAGCUUCAGAAAAAUCAGGAAACUUCUGCUCUCGGUUCCUUGGAAUUCGGUUGGAAGCUUGCUAGCAAGUGGUCAAAGGCUUCUGGCAGGCUGCCCUUUCCAACUACCUUUUCAAAGUUUUAUAAAAGGUUUAAAAAAUUUCUCCUUCCGACUACCUUCUGAAUACCUUCCCAGGACUCGCCUAACUGGGAGAAAAAUUCGAUAAAUUUUUGAACGUGUUCAAGUUGAGCCUUUCAUGGUUAGGAAAAUUUUCAACUUCAAAAAUUACACCUAUAUGAAAAAAGGGAUGAAUUUUUAGAAUGCUCAAGAAAAACUCGAUUUUUUCGUUUUUCUUCUGGAAGAAAAUGUUUUCCGUGUCAGUUCUAUAACUAUAAAUGUUCAUAUGGAAACAUAUUUUGUUAUAAAAUUGGUGUGGACCAAUUUGCUCCACUAGGAAAAAAGUUUGGUUUUUACGAUGUUUUUUCUACAAUAAGACAGAAAGUGGGCAGAGCCUAAUAAAACCUGGUUCUAAAUAUUCAAGAGGUUGUUCACUAUCUAUGAUAUCAAGAAAGCUCCCAGGAACAAAGAUGAAAUUUUUGUACCAACGGUUAUUCCAAAAUCUCGGAGAACGUGUGUCAAAAAUACCUAAAGAAAGCUCUUGGAUAGGCUUCUUCGAGGCUUUUACACGGGAUCUCCUUGCCACGUCAAAAUUAUAUUUUUAGAAGCUUUAUGGCUCUUUCUCGAAACCAAUCAUGCUUGAGUUUUUCCAGCCACCAAGGUGUCGAAGGAACCAAAAAAGGCAGCUGAACUCGUCGAAUAUCUCGAUCGAAGACCGCCUGCGCUACAUCCAGACAUUGUUCAAUCGGACUUUGACGAGGAAGAAGCCUGACGUCACGAGGACGAUCACCGUGACCGCCGACAGCAUCAGUUCUGGAGGACUCGUCGUUGAAGACGACUUCAGGAAUGUUCCACGACAAAAUUCAGGUGAAUCCUUAACUUCGAGGAAGUGUGUGUCAGUGCUUCAGAAAAAAUCGAUCUGUUUUAGGAAUCCCUGAAUUUUUUUUGUUCGUUUUAUUCCUCUGCUACCGAAAGUUGAACUUCCUCCAACUAUUCCAUUUUUUUUAAAUGCUCAAAUUAUAAGUGAAGUCGUAGGUGGAUAAGUCUGUAGCGCCCAUGUUCACAGGUCCGUAAUAAUUUCACAUUGAAGAUUCAAAAUAGUAAAAUUAUCAGUGGAGCGCAAAAGCGUGGGUUUUCGAAAUGUCAAUGUCAUUUUCUCGGUCGGAACAUAAAACAAGUAAUAAAGUUAUGAUCUGUAAAGCGUAAACGCGGGGGCCUGAUAAGGAUGCGAGUGAUUACGGUAAAGAUAAUGUCAAGUUAGUCAUUUCUUCUGGGAGAAAAACAAGAAAAUAUCGACCUAGAAGCGUGGGAAGAUUAAAUAACACAUGAUGAACUCAUUUUACCGUAGGAAAAGUUGGUCAGAAUACUUCUUGAUUUUUAGGAAGGACUCUGAGUGGCGCAACCAGUACAAGGUUCUAAUUUUUCGAGAAAGGUUCAUAAAGCUCGAAUAAGUCAUCAAAAGUCCCUUGACAAGGUCAUGGAAAACUUUGAGCCAUCGUAUUUUGAAAAGUUGAGGAGUUGUGCAAGUCGAGACUUUCAAGGGCUUCACCUGAAGCUGAAAAAGCAGAUUUUUAUAUCUUAGAGUGAGAUUUUUCAACUUUGAAGGGCCUCAACAUUUUUCACAAACUUCCUUGGCAUUUACAAGUAAUCUGAUGAUCACAGUCUGAUUCUAGAAGUGCUGGUCUCCGAAUACGGAAAAUUCAGAUCCACUGGCGUCAAUCGUGCAGCAACACGAGCGAACAGUGUCGAUCUACAAGCUGUGGGUGCUGGUCCUGUGCAUCAUGAACGUGAUGGUGACGUUGGUGGCCGUUUCGGCGUGCGCUAGGGUCGUCAAGAACAAAUACGUCAUGGACAUCAAGGACUCGGCCAGAACCAUCAUGCAUCGUGUCCCUUUCUAG